AUGAGCGCGAUCCUGUCCUCGGACGACCUGAACGACUUCAUAUCGCCUGGCGUCGCGUGUAUUAAGCCUGUUGAGACUCUACCGAAGCAAGAAGACUACAAUCCGUACGAAGUCACAACCGAAGACAAAGUGCAAGCGCAGAAUCCUGCGCCGGCCUCGAUCUCACUGACAGACUGCCUGGCUUGCUCGGGCUGUGUAACUUCUGCUGAGGCUGUUCUUGUCUCCUUGCAGUCGCAUACCGAAGUGCUGAACACACUCGAUACGCACCCGGCACUCAAGCUAGAUGCCUUAUCACCGUCCAUCAAUGGUCACACUACAGCCGACAAUGCGCCUGGCCCACAGGCAAAACUUUUCGUGGCAAGCGUAAGCCCACAGGUACGGGCGAGCAUUGCGGCGACCUAUGGCAUAUCCGAGAAGCGGGCGGGCUAUAUGAUUGAACAGUUUUUGAGCGGAUCACAGGGCCUGCGGAUAGGUGGGCAACACAACAGCGGUUUUCAGUAUGUGAUAGAUACAAAUCGAAUGCGGGAGGCAUGCCUAAUUUUGGGCGCUGAAGAGGUGGAUCAAGCCAUGGUCGACGACGACAAGAAGAAGCCGCUCCUCACAUCUGCCUGCCCAGGCUGGAUAUGCUACGCUGAGAAGACACAUCCGCAUGUCCUCCCGCAUCUUUCGGGGCUCAAGUCGCCGCAGGCUUUGUCCGGAGUACUGCUAAAGUCGGUUCUGAGCAAGGAUUUUGGCAUUCAACCAUCGCAGAUCUGGCAUUUGGCUAUUAUGCCGUGCUUUGACAAGAAGCUGGAAGCUAGCCGAGAAGAAUUGACGAACAAAUGGUGGGACGGCUCAACACCUGGGGACGCAAUUAGAGAUGUGGACUGUGUCAUCACGUCUCGUGAGCUCUUGUCGCUGGCAAAUGCUCGUGGUAUCGUACUAUCACAACUACCUUUACGACCAGUACCUGCGGCUCAUCGACCAAUUUUCCCUGAUGCUCGCCUCUCGCGUUUCCUGUUUUCUCCCCCAAGCAGAAGGACCACGAUGCAAUCCAAUCCAGAAGCAGGCACCUCUGGCGGCUACUUACACCACGUCCUACUCACACACCAAACACGACAUCCUGGGAGCAGAAUCCAAACUCAGCGUGGCCGUAAUGCAGAUGUGAUAGAGUAUCAGCUCCUGGACGCCUCCGACCAGAUCAUUCUCAAAUGCGCUCGCUAUUACGGCUUCCGCAACAUACAGAAUCUCGUCCGCAAGCUCAAGCCUGCCCGCCAGUCGAAGCUUCCUGGCGCUGCUGUCAGACGUGCUGCUCCGAAGGAUACUGGAAAUGAUUUAGCCUACAUCAAGAUUGACGACGUCAAGGAUAUUCUGCCUGAGACGAGAGCAGAAGAGCUUGUCACUCCAGCGAGCAACCCUGGAGCACAGAAGGAGUGGCAGAAGAGAGUCGAUGAGGCGUACUUCUCCAUGUCGGAUGAUUCUGGUGAUGAAGAAGACUGUGAUCUCUUGGCGGAUGGCGAUGACGAUGUACAGAUGAGCAACGGUGAUCACGCGACCGGCAAGCCUGAUGAGGAGGUGGUCAAUGGCGUUAACGUAACGCAAGUCAAAGACAUGCUUCGGCACUGGUCGACUCUCGUGGGAGUGCCAUUGCAAACACUUGCAUACACUACAUACAGGAAAGUGGAAAGCGACGUGGGCAAGAAGAAGGCUAAGACGAUGGGCGACACAGAGAGGAUCGCUGCCAUCGCUGGGCUGAGUGGAGGAGGCUGGUAG